UUUUUAUGACCAUAAGUGUACCCUCUUUAUUUUCUUGCAAUUCUAGAGAAUCAAGAAAGAAGAAGAAAAGAAAAAAAUGAUGCGAACAAGAUUGUUAUGGUUCACAAUAGGUUUCACUUCAGCUUCAGCUACAAUGACUCACUUCAUAUUCAGAGAUUUAUGGGCUGAUCGAAUCUCUCUUUCUUCCCAAUUGAAGGAGAAAUUUGGUGUUUUGGGAACCAGAGUUUCAAAUCUUGAAUCAGUGCUUCAUGAUAGUCCCAAUACUCACCAGGACACUAUUUUCCAUGGUUGUUAUCCAACUUUCUGACAGGAUGAAGGGAACUGAGUAUAGCGCCAUCAUCAGAUCGUUUCUUCAGCAUGGCUGGAUACUGUUUCUUGAUUAUGUAUUAGGGAAAUUAAAUUUUUAUUUUUUCCUUUGGUGUUGCAAAUUUGUAGUCUCGCAUACUUUGUAAUCCAGCUAUGAUUAGAAAAUAGCCCCCCAAUCCCCCACUCCAAAAAAAAAAAAAAAAAAGCCACGAGCAUAACCUAGAGGGGGUGUUCUCUCAAGUUUAACAAGAUUAUUGUACAUUUUUAUUUGGAAGUCUCUGGUUUAUAACAUGAUAGUUCCUCUGACAAUUAUUGUCUGAUUUUCUAGUUGAAAGAAAUGGUGCAUCAUUCCGUUUA